AUCUCCUCCUCUCUCUGUCUCUCAAUUCUCUAUAUAACCACAGCAAUCUCUAUCAAAAAAUUUCCUCAUCAUCCAUCCCCUAUUUAGGAAGCAGAGAAGUUGCAAACUAGAACAACAACAACAGCAUGAAGGUGCAUCAACUCACACGUGGGUUUUGGGAGCAUGAACCAUCUCUCACUUUAGGUUGCAAACGACUUCGCCCUCUUGCACCCAAACUCAUUACAAGUCCUACUAGUGGUAGUCAUGACGGUAGUAGUGUCAUUACUAGUAAUACUACUUCAUCUCUUGAUAUCAAGAGCUUCAUUCGAGCCGAUAGUGGUCCUAGAAGAUCACCUUCUUCUAUAGAUCAAGAAAAGAGACACUCCAUUCAGGUGGAAGCUCAAGCUGGGGGGACAAGAUGGAACCCUACACAAGAACAAAUAGGCAUACUAGAAAUGCUCUAUAAGGGUGGAAUGCGUACUCCUAAUGCGCAACAAAUUGAACAGAUAACUGAUCAGCUUAGCAAGUAUGGAAAGAUCGAAGGUAAGAAUGUAUUCUACUGGUUUCAAAACCAUAAAGCUCGCGAACGACAGAAGCAGAAGCGAAGCAGUCUCGGUCUUACUCCUUCUCCUAGGACUCCAACACCACCAGUCAAUAGCAUAAAUAUGGAUAUUAAUGGAGGAGUAGAAAGAUCAGAGGAAGAUAAUAACUACUACUACAAGAGGAAAUAUCGAAGUUGGGGUGCCGGUGAGACAGGAUUCCAGGAGGGUAUUAACAUGUUAAAUAGGUCGCCAUCGUCAACUUCUUCGUCUUCCGAGGAAGAAGAAGGAGACAAAACACUAGAGCUCUUCCCUUUGCAUCCGGAAAGCCGGUGAAGGGGGGUUGUUGAAUAUAUUUGUUCAUGCUAUAUUUUUCUCUAUAUUCUUAUCUCUCUCCUUCUGUCUCCUGUUCUGUACGAACGUCUAGUUAGCUCUCUUUGCGUUGGCUUUGAUCUUACUUUCUUUGUUUUGGGAAAGAAGAAUUAAAGCUAAGUUGUUCUUUGUACUCUAUUAUUCCCUGGCUCCUACUACUAGCUACUUAGAACAAGAAAUUAAAGCAUGGAUCUUAGUAUCUUUCGUGUAUCAAUUGAUCUUUAUUCUGAUAUUGUCUCAAUGGUGGUUUUAUAU